GCAGAGCAGAGUUCUCGGUAUAGAUCCUUUACAUGGCUGGAGCCAUAUUGCCAGAUACACUGUGGGAUAAUGGCUCUAAGGAAUCUCAUGGAAGAAUUAAUUAAUAAAUGUUGAAGGGGGUUUGAUAAAGGAAGUGAUCACAUGGGUGAGGUCUAUAUCCAAGUGGGUAUAAAUAACUUAGUACUGCCUUUGCUGAUGUUCAUUUGUCUUCCAUCCAGCUGCUUUGGGAUAAUAUCCCUCAAGGCACACCAGUCUGCUGUGUGACUUUUCCCUUGUUUUUGGAUUAAACAAAAAAUGAUUGUAAUUCUGCUGGUGUCUAUGUCCAUGGUGGUAUACAGUGGUGGCCAAGAACUGGAGCCUCCAGCAUUCCUGCCAGAUCUGCUUAACACACCUGAAAGAAUCUUGAACAAUGCCACACUCUUCAAUGGAGUCUUUCAAAAUGUGGAAAGCGUUGCAUUAUUUUUUGACUGCCUGGGUUCUCACUUCACCUGGUUACAGUCCAUCUUCACUAACUUUCCUGCCCUUCUCAACUUUGUGAACAAAAUGAAGUGUGUUACUGGGUUUUGUCCCAGGGAUUUUGAAGACUACGGUUGCUCUUGCCGGUUUGAGAUGGAAGGGCUCCCCAUGGAUGAAGCUGAUGAAUGCUGUUUUCAGCACCGCAAAUGCUACGAGGAAGCGCUGGAGAUGGAGUGCACAUGGGACCCAUCCAAGAUUUCUGCAGAUUUCAGCUGCUCCACUAAAAACCUGACCUGUGAGUCUGUGGAUCCCUGUGAACAGUUCCUCUGCACCUGUGACAAAGAUGCCAUUGAAUGCUUUGUGAAUGCAGAGAUUAACUCCUCCUUGAAUGGGCUGGAUGUCUCUUCCUGCCCAUCUCCAGUUACAGAGGUGGUUCACCAAGGGACUGAUGAAACACGGGUUGUGACUGCAUCUGUGGAAGAAGUGGUUUCUUUUGAGCCUCAUGACAGAGUCUUGGCAACUUCUAAAGCCACAGUUACCUCAAGGAACCACAGAGGCACAGCUCCUGCUCCCCCCAUCCUCUCGAUUAAAGAAGAAGAUGGAUUUAUGGAGUCUUUGGUCUCAGUGGAAGAGAUAACCACAUCCCCAGCCUCAUUCCCAGGAGACAGUAACUCAAUGCAAGUCAAAAUUGUUCCCACCAGCAAGAGUCCUGCAGGCACACCUGCAAGGACAAAAGGAAAAGAAACAAGCUCUGCAAGGGGUGGCCUGAGCACAGCUGCCUCUGGAAUAGCUCUGGACCUGGGACUGUCUGAGAGAGGAUCUGAAGGAAAAGUGUGUGAGCGAUUGACCUUUCUGCAAGAGAGAGGACGUGGAAGAGUGAAGAGGGAGCUGCCCCAGCUUGGAGAAAUGCUGUUCUGUUUAACUGAGAGAUGCCCAGAGGAAUUUGAGUCUUAUGGCUGCUAUUGUGGCCAAGAGGGAAGAGGUGAUCCCACCGAUGCACUGGACAGUUGCUGCUUCUCUCAUCAGUGCUGUAUGGAGCAAGUUAAGAAACUUGGAUGUCAUGCAGAAAGAAAUCUGAGAUCUGAAGUUGUAUGUUUGGAUCAUACUCCAAAAUGUGUUGGAUGGAGCAGGUGUGAGAAGCUCCUCUGUGCCUGUGACCAGGCUGCAGCCGAGUGCAUGGCUUCUGCCUUCUUCAACGAGAGCCUGAAGCUUCCCCACAGGCACGAGUGCCAGGAGGAGAAGGUCUCCUGCCCAGGGGACCCUGCUGAAAGGCCUCCAGCAGGCACAGAACCAGGCACAGGGGGUUCCAGCUCCGAGGAGAGCAGUGAGGAGGAAGGAGCCCUGCGGAGCGGAUUCCCAAGAGCCAAGAGAGGGACACGGCCUCGCACUGGGAACUCCAGCACUGUGGGACACCAGGGCAGAUAGCCACCCACCUCCACGGGCUUGGGAAGGGGCUUGACAGCAGCCAGCCUCUGAGCACCUGCCUCCUUAUCCUUUACACGCUGCCUCACGCUCUCCAGCACACAAAUGAUGUAAUCAUAGACUAGGACUAGGUGUUAGGCUGUAUUAACUCCUUACUCUAGCAAGCUCAGCAAUA